GAGAACGACAACGACAACGAAGAGGAGGACGCGUCGUAUGCCGAUGAGGAGUACGGUGCUCAGAAGAAGAAAGCGUCGAAGAAGAAGAAGGCUCCUUUGAGGCCCCGAGGUAAACCCAAAGUUCCUCGGGAUGAGCUACGGGUGUCUAGCAGGGGUGGACGCAUACCAAAUUACGUCGACGAUGUGCAGGACUUCGAGCAGUUUGACGAAGAGGAGAUGAUGAAGAAUUCGUAUGUGGAUCCUCAGGCCCCAAUAGAAGAGAUUGAAGCCGUCCUCGGACAUAGUCGAGAUGAGGGUCAUGCUAGCGACUCGGAAGACGACUGGUACCACAACAUUCGCUUCCACAUCAAGUGGAAAGGCUACUCGCACCUGCACAACACGGAUGAGGUCUACGAAUUCCUCAAGCGUUACAAAGGUCUGAAGCGGGUAGACAACUACAUCAAGGCGUACAAGAUCUACCAGGAACGCUUGGCUUCGCCUGAGCUCUCGCGCGAGGAUAAGGAAGUUCUCUUAUUGGACAAAGAGCGCGAGAAGGAGGAGCUCGAGACCUUCAAGACGGUAGAGCGUGUCAUUUCACAACGCGAAAACGAGUCAGGCCAGGUCGAGUACUUUUGCAAGUGGAACGGGCUGAACUACGAACACUGUACAUGGGAAACGCAGGAGGAAAUCCGACCCAUUGCUAAAGACCAAUUGGGAGCCUUUAGAUCACGAGAGGCAGAGGCAAAGUUCCCGUUCAAGAGUAUCAGCUAUCCCAAGAAUCAACGACCAACAUUCAUGAAGAUUACAGAGGACCCGCCGUAUUUGACGGUAACCGGCGGACAACUGAAAGACUUCCAACUGACUGGUCUCAAUUGGCUGGCUUACUUGUGGAGCAAGGGUGAGAACGGUAUCCUCGCGGAUGAGAUGGGCCUAGGAAAGACCGUGCAGACGGUGUCAUUCCUCUCAUAUCUCUUCCAUGAAAUGCGGCAGUAUGGCCCGUUCCUAGUGAUCGUACCGCUUUCCACGAUCACGGCGUGGCAGUCACAGUUCGCGACAUGGGCCCCGGACAUCAACGUAAUCACGUAUAUCGGCACUGCCGCAGCGCGGGACGUCAUCCGCAACUAUGAGUUCGGGCCUUCCAACAAGAAGCUCAAGAUGAACGUGCUCUUGACGACGUAUGAGAUAACCCUGCGAGAUGCUAAGGAGUUGGGCGACAUUAAAUGGCAGGUACUCUCGGUUGACGAGGCACACCGGUUGAAGAACUCAGAGUCUCAGCUGUAUGAGGCGUUGACCUCGUUUCCGGCAGCGUCAAAGCUCCUCAUUACAGGCACACCUCUACAAAACAACGUGAAGGAGCUUCUUUCUCUCAUGCAUUUCCUCAUGCCGGAGAAGUUCCAGCUCACCAACGAGUUCGACCUUGCUGAUGCAGAUCAUGAGGAGAAGAUCAAGGAGUUGCACAAGCAGCUCGAGUCUCUCAUGCUUAGACGACUGAAACGUGAUGUCUUGACGUCUCUGCCUACCAAGUCGGAGCGCAUUCUUCGUGUUGAAAUGAGUGGACUGCAGACUCAUUUCUACAAGAACAUCCUGACGAAGAACUUUCAAGGCUUGAUCAAAAGCGCGAACGGCAACAACAACAUCAGCCUUCUUAAUAUCGCCAUGGAGUUGAAGAAGGCCGCGAAUCACCCAUAUUUGUUCGACGGCGCUGAAGCAAAGACGGACAACGAAGAGGAGACCCUCAAGGGUCUUGUCAUGAGCAGCGGCAAGAUGGUGCUUCUGGAUAAGCUCUUGGCGCGGCUACGACAGGACGGGCAUCGCGUGUUGAUCUUCAGCCAGAUGGUCCGGAUGCUCGACAUCCUGACCGACUACAUGGUUAUGCGAGGCUACCAGCAUCAGCGUCUAGACGGUAUGGUCUCGUCGGAGCUGCGUAAAAAGGCAAUUGCGCACUUCAACUCCCCGGGCUCUACCGACUUUGCAUUCCUUCUCUCAACACGCGCCGGUGGUCUAGGGAUCAAUCUCGAGACAGCCGACACUGUCAUUAUUUUCGAUAGCGACUGGAACCCACAGAACGACCUGCAGGCGAUGGCGCGCGCACAUCGCAUAGGCCAGAAGUCGCAUGUCAGCGUGUAUCGCUUUGUCAGUAAGGAUACCAUGGAGGAGGACGUCCUCGAGCGCGCCAAGAAGAAGAUGGUCCUGGAAUACGCAAUCAUCAACCAGAUGGACACUUCCCAAGCACACCUUAGCUCUAAGGCAGCCUCGUCGACAAAGGACCCUUCCAAACCUAACGAGCUGAGCAAGGACGAGUUGCACGCUGUUCUCAAGUACGGUGCGCAGAGGAUCUUCGACAAGGAUGACAGCCAGCAGAGCAAGAAGCUAGACGAGAUGGACCUCGAUGACAUCCUAAAUCGUGCAGAACACCACGAGACGAUGGCUGCUCAAGGCGAAGGCGCGUCCUUGGGUGGCGAAGGCUUCCUGGCCCAGUUCGCGAAUGUUAGCGAUGUCAAGAACGACAUGAGCUGGGAUGAGAUCAUCCCCCUCGAGGCACGGCAGGAAUUCGAACGCGAGGAGGACCAGCGAAGGGCAGAAGAACUUGCGGCGGAGGAAACUAACAACCGCAAGCGCUCGCAUGCUCAAGUCUCGUAUGAAGGCAUGGACGUUGACCAUACCGCUCCACUUCCACCUGCCAAGAAACCAAGGCAUCCUGCCCCCCAGCGCAAGACCGCCAGUCAGAAGGCCAUGGAGCUCAAGGAGCGUGACGUCCGAGUCCUCAUCCGGAGUCUGCAACGCUGGGGAGACAUCCGGCAGCGGUAUGACAUUAUUGUUGCCGAGGCCAAGCUCCAAGACAAGAAUCGGGCUAUGAUCGUCGACACUGCGGACGACAUCAUCGAGCUUUGCACUCGCGCUGUCGAUGAAUCCAAUGCUGAAAAGCGUGCUCGGAUAGCAGCCGGCGAGACCCUCACCAACGCUCAGAAGAGCAAGGCGGUGCUUGUGACGUACCGGAAUGUCGGCAACAUCAACGCAGAGACGGUGCUCUCGCGGCAUCGAGACUUGCGCAUUUUGCAUGAAUACCUUCACGCCCUUCCCGACGUCUACACCUGGCAGAUCCCGAUUGACAACAUCCGGCCGACGCUCAACUGGUCAGGGCGGUGGGGGCCGCAAGAGGACUCGAUGCUGCUCGUAGGAGCGUACCUCUACGGCUUCGGCAACUGGGAGGCGAUGGCGAAGGACGCUCGGCUGGGGCUCGAGGGCAAAUUCUUCCUCGAGGAGGGCAAGAAGGGCGAGGACGCCGCGAGCAAACCAAUACCGAAUGCCAUCCACCUUGUCCGACGGGGGGACUUCCUCUUGAGCAUUAUCCGCGAACACGACGAGAAGCUCCGUGCUAUCACGACGAAUUUGAGGAAGGGGCAGACGAUGGGCAUGUCUGCGUCACCGCCUCCACCCGUCGCGUCGACGUCGUACAACGGGAGCAUGAAGAGGCGCGCCGAGAGCGAGGCAGUCGCUUCGGUUGAUGAAGGGAGCACGAAGAGGCGGAAGCGGAGACCAACGCCUACCUUCACGGACUCGUCGUCAUCGGACGAGUGCCCAUCCAUGGACGAGGCAACCACGAAGGAGGAACUGCGGCCGGUCAAAAAGCAGUUGAAGAACCUCAAACUCUCAGGAGGCGACAUGCCGCGGGACGACAAGGUUGCGAUCCUGAAAGAGUCUCUGGCUGCUAUUGGCAAACGAAUCGAGCUGGUACUCAUUCAGAAACAAGCCGCCGGGGAGGAUAGAGAUAGAUGGCGACGUCAUCUCUGGACGUUCGUCACACUGUUCUGGCCCAAGAAGGUCAAGGCAGGCAAGCUCGAGGAGAUUCAUGCCAAGAUGGUCAUGAAGGAGGGCGCAGCACCCCGUGCGUCGUCGAGCGACGGCCCGAGCGCACCCAAGAAGCCGCGCCUGAGCACCAGCGCGACGAGCGUGGCCCCGUCGCGUAGCACUGGCUCGUCACUGCCUUCCGCAACGACAAGUUCGUCGCACGCCAACGGCAAGUAUCGGUGAUAUGGCUCGUGGCGCGCGUGGUUAUUUGUUCUGCUUUACCUGACUCUUGGAUAAUCUGCUCGCAUACCCUGGUACUGUAUCAUUGGUCUUUUUUUGGUUUUCGGCCGUCUUGCGGUCCGAGUCUGCUGAUGAAGGACGCCUAGUCGUGCAUUCUCACUACGCUACGCAUCAAGCUCUGUAUCUCUGCAUUCCGCUGUUCUGAUCUUCUGUGCUCUCUUGGUCUCUGCGAUGGCCAAUGUGUUCAUAUCGUAUUAUCUCGUCUCUAUACGCGUAGUAGUCAUCGCUGUGUAUCAGAUCAAUCCAUUAUCUCGCGACUUGAACUUGAA